AUGUCCGAAGACCUCCGUGAUGAGGUAGAAGCUCUCAACUCCAUCUACGGCGAGGGCUGUCUCGUCCCCUCCGAGGACCAAGAUGAGAGCCCGACAUCCUCAUCUACAACAUAUGUAUUACGGUUACCCGGCGAUGAAGCUUCGUCCUUGCGGCUACAGUUUCCAGACUCAUACCCAGCUGAGCCACCGGCGGUGUUAGGGACGCAGCACAGUUCCGGAGGGAGAAAGGGCGCCGGCGCAAGGGACCUGGGUGUGUUUAGGGAAGCCCUAGGGACGGUGUUCCAGCCGGGAAGCGUGUGUCUGUUCGAUGCGGUGGAAGAAUUCGUGAGAAGGAUGGAGGAGGAGAGGGAAAAGGAGGAGCUGCCUCAGCAGCAGGAAGGCGACGACGCCGAGGAUGGCGAAGGGGCGAACGCGGACCGGGGAGAGCGCGCGGUGGACGGCGGACAGACGGAUUUCGCAGCCAUGACGCCUCCUCCGUGGACGCUAUCGGAGGUAGUGGUGGAGAACAAGUCGACGUUUGUGGCUCACGUUGCAAAAGUCGCGUCGCCGGCGGAAGCGAAGCUCUUCCUGCAGCACCUGCUGUGGUCUGAUCGCCGGAUUCGCUCGGCGACGCACAACAUCACGGCGUGGAGGAUACGCGGGCCGGGGGGCACGAGCUAUUCCGACUGCGAUGAUGACGGCGAGGAUGCUGCUGGUGGGAGGUUGCUGCAUUUGCUGCAGUUGAUGGAGGUUUGGGAUGCGAUGGUUGUGGUGACGAGGUGGUAUGGGGGUGUGAAGCUUGGGCCGAGGAGGUUUGCUUUGAUUAACAGCGUGGCGAGGGAUGGGCUUGUGAGGGCUGGGUUUGGGGAUGGGGGCGGGAAGGAGAAGGAGAAGAAGAAGGGGAAAUGA